AUGGAUUACCAUACACUUGCGAUGGGAUCAAGUUUUGCCUUGAUCAGUUUUGUUAAUAAUAUAGCAAAAAUAUGUAGCAAAGGAAGCAAAAAACUUCCACGAGGGCCAUCACCAUGGACAAUUAUUGGAAAUCUUCACUUGUUAGUUACAAAACCUCAUAUAUCACUAGCCAAUCUUGCAAAAAAAUAUGGUCCAAUUAUGAGUUUAAAGUUAGGACAAAUAGCAUUAGUGGUCAUUUCUUCAUCAGCUAUGGCAAAACAAGACUUGGCCUUUUCUUCUAGAUUUAUCCCUAAUGCCCUUCAAGCACAAAACUAUUGCAAAUUUUCUAUGUCAUGGCUUCCUGUUUGUCCUCAAUGGCGAAUGCUUCGGAGAAUAUUGAACAUAAAUAUCUUCUCUACCAAUAGGCUUGAUGCAAAUCAACAUCUAAGGUCUCAAAAGGUGAAUGAAUUGAUUGCUUAUUGUGAAAAAUGUUGUCAACAAGGUGAAGCUGUGGAUGUAGGUCAAAUUGUUUUCAAGACUAAUCUCAAUUUAGUGUCAAACACCCUUUUCUCCAAGGAUUUGGUUGAUCUUUGUUCAGAUUUGAAGCUUGAGCUGACAGACGCGAUCUUGAGCAUCGUUGAUGUUGUUGGGAAGAUCAACCUAGUGGAUUAUUUCCCUAUACUUGAAAAGAUUGAUCCUCAAAGAAUGAGGUAUCGCACAAACAUCUAUUUUGGUAAGUUGAAUAAACUCUUUGGUGAUAUGAUCAAUGAGCGGUUGGAAGAAAAGAGUGAAAAGAGUGAUAUUUUACAAGUGCUUCUCAACCACAGUGCAGAAAAUCCCCAAGAGAUGGAUCAAAAUUAUGUGAAUUCCAUGCUCCUGGACAUAUUUAUUGGUGGAAUCGAUACAAUUACAAGCACGUUAGAAUGGGCAAUGGCAGAAAUACUUAGACAACCAGAGAUUAUGAAGAAAGUCCAAGUUGAGCUUGCACAAGUCGUUGGAAAAGGAAAACCAAUAGAAGAGGCUGAUGUAUCCAGACUCCCUUACUUGCAAUUUAUCAUCAAAGAAACAUUAAGACUUCACCCACCAGCUCCAUUCUUAAUCCCCCGCAGGGUGGAUCAAGAUGUUGAAUUGUGUGAUUAUAUCAUUCCAAAGGGUUCACUAGUACUAGUCAAUGCGUGGGCAAUUGGUCGUGAUUCUUCUUUUUGGGAAGACGCUUUAGUGUUCAAACCUGAGAGAUUCUGGAGUUUAGAAUUGGAUAUGCGUGGAAAAGAUUUUGAAUUGAUUCCAUUUGGUGCUGGCAGAAGAACAUGCCCUGGAUUUCCAUUGGCAUUGAGAUUGAUGCCAGUAAUAUUGGGCUCGAUGUUGAAUUCAUUCAAUUGGAAACUUGAGGCAUGCAUUGAGCCAAAAGACUUAGACAUGGAGGAGAAAUUUGGUGUCAUCUUAGGCAAAGCUCAUCCUUUGCGAGCUAUCCCAUCUCCUCUUUGAAAUUGCGCACACUUCAUAAUAAAUACUUAUCUAGUAUCGGUUUUCUUAUUAUGUCCACAAUCACCAAUUACCACUCUAUGCACCAUCACUUUAUUCACAAUCACCACCCACUACCAUCAAUGACGUAACCUUUUGCCAUAUAUAAUAAUAUAUUGAAAUCAUAAUUACUCAAAGGUGUUUACGACUUGUUCAUAUAUACCUUAUUUGAAAUAAAAUGUUUUCAUUUCUUGAUUGA